AUGGAUUUUUGUUAUUCUGACGAAAUCAAGGCCCCGCUCUAUGAGACACACGGCUUGGGUCAUGACAUACCUUUACGAAUGCACAGGGACUCGCUGAAGGAGAUCGAUGGAGCACUUCGAGCCCAGAAAGAUUGGACUCGCUACGUACGGCCAGUGCAUGGGUACAAGGGCGGCCUAGCCGACCCGUACGGCUUCAUAAGCGCAACGAUCCCCGAAUGUCGCCCGGAAAGGCUUGAGAUUGUUUCGUACGCGAACGAGUUUGCAUUUCUCUAUGACGAUGAUAUGGAAAUGCUUGAACUCAAAAACCCGACGAAAGAUCUCGAUAGUUUUCUUCAGCCGUUUGUAACCCCUGCACUUGAGGUCAAUGCCCGAAGCCGUCCCGAGAAAAAGCUCCAGGCACAAAUAUUCUUAGAAAUGAUGGCCAUCGAUAAAAGGCGGGCAAUUACGACGAUGAAGGCAUGGGCAAGCUUUGUUCAGUCAGCAUCUCGAACAAGAAUGACGUCUUUUGAGACCUUGGAGGAGUAUAUUCCAGCACGAGUUAUAGACGCAGGCGAACUGAUCUGGUUCGGGUCGUUAACCUUUGGUAUGGGACUUACCAUCCCCGACGAAGAAUACGAUCUAUGCAUGAGCCUAGGAAGGCCGGGAUAUGCCGCACUAGGAUUGACGAACGACCUCUACUCAUGGGAUAAAGAACGAAAGGCAGCUGAGGAUAUGGGGCAGGACUACGUCUUCAAUGCAAUCUGGGUCAUCAUGAAAGAGAGUGCUAUCGGGGAGGAAGAGGCGAAAGAGGUUUGUCGACGUGAGAUUGUACAGAACAUCGACCAGUUCCGUGAUAUUGUCGCAAAGACAAAGGCCGACCUUAGUUUGUCUCGAGAUCUUCGCGCAUAUAUCGAGGCGGUCAUGUGGUCAUAUAUUGGAAACCUAGUAUGGAGCAUCUACUGUCCCAGGUAUAAGUGA